AUGGGUGCCUUCCUCACCUUGUAUACCUUUGCUGGUGUCAUUCUCCUGGUAAUUCAUGGAGGUUUGUGUGUGGAUAUCAUUGGAGGAAGUGAAGUACCACCACACUCAAGACCAUUCAUGGCUCUAAUCACAAGAUCUGGAAGUGCAGUUUGUGGAGGAGCUUUGAUCAAGGAAAACUGGGUGUUAACUGCUGCCCAUUGUGAAGUGAAUCAAUGUGAAGUUGUUCUUGGAGCUCAUUCAGUGAAACGACGUGAAAGAGAAAAACAGACUUUUCAGAUUAAAAAACAAAUUCGACACCCAGACUACAAACCCUGUUCCAAAGAAAAUGACCUUAUGCUGCUACAGCUUAGCGGAAGAGCAAAAAUUAAUGCAGCCGUGAAAGUCAUUCAAGUGCCUAACUCAGGGGAUGAUGUCCAACCAGGAACAGUUUGCACAGUAGCAGGAUGGGGACUAACUGACAUUCGUCGAAAAAGGCAUUCUGAUACCCUGAGGGAAGUCAAUGUCACUGUCAUCAAUAGGAAAACCUGCAAUGAUGCAAAGCAUUAUAAUAAGAACCCUGUUAUAACAGAGAACAUGAUUUGUGCAGGGGAUAAGACUGGAAAAAAGGACUCAUGCAAAGGGGAUUCUGGUGGACCUUUAAGAUGCCAGAAUGUGAUGAGAGGCAUCACUGCUUUUGGGAAGCCAAACAAGUGUGGCACUGCUGAUGGCCCUGGUGUCUACACUCGACUCACAAAGCAAUACAUUCAUUGGAUAAAGAAAACCAUAAGGGGAGCCUAA